AACAACUUUGUCAUACUCAAAUUGCAGAAAUAACUUCUAAAAUAAUAGCAAAUAUUGCCAAAACUGUUUUUAAAGAGGUUGAAGAAGAAAUAUUAAUAGAUAAUGAAAAUGUUGAAAUGCUUAAUUUUGCUAAAAAUCUUUAUUCAAAUGAACAAUAUUUAGAUUUAAAUAUUUCAACUUUUAUUAAUUUUAGAUCUCCA